CUUGUCUGCACCGAAACCCGAGGUAGCAACAGCCGGGGAAUCCGAACCGCGGACGUAGCAAGGCAGCGGAGGACAUCCGUUGGCGACCGCUGGGUCAGAUGGUCAGUGACACACGAACCUUCCGAGUGAGAUGACGUCCUAUUACAUUCCGAUCGUGGCGGUGACCACCAUCAUCCUGGCGGCCUCGCUGCUGGACCUGACUCUGCUCGGGUUGGAGGAAGGCGUCGACCCCGCUUCAAGAGGUCUUCUGCGUCUCCGUCGAGAAGCUACUGGAGAUGAAGCCCGAAGAGAUGCAGUCACCGAAGGGCGUCGGAAAAGGUCCUCUGGGGAGACCCGGUUCCUCUCCUCGCCGACGACGCCAGGCUGGAGGUACCCUGUGGCCUCCCCGGGGGUUGAGCUGCGCGGCCGUCAACGCAUCCACUAUAGAGGUGUCGUGGUCGGCUCCGAAUCCAGCUGAUGUCCGAGGAAUUGUGCUCGGCUAUCGGGUCCUUUACGGCCCUUCGCAGGACUUUCAUGAGGAAUCCUGCACGUUCCUGCUGGUCUCCC